UCGUCAGAAGAUAAUGAUGAAGUGCCAUCAGUCUGGAAAAUUGGUGUCUUGCAUUUUUGAAAACAAACUGGGGGAUCCAAAGACUGUGAAUCACGGAGACUACCUCCUCUACCUUCUCUUUGAUGAAGAACUGAAGGAUCUUUUUUUAAUGCUUGAGAAACAAAAGCAGACACACAAAGACUAUGUGGCACACCUCUCAGCAAAAGCCCAGGAGCUAAUACAGGGAGCUUACACGUUGAUGGAGCAAUUGAUUGAAGACAUUGUGAAGAAGUCAAUACCAUGCAACCUAAUGAAAGAGAUAAUCGAAAGGAAACAAUGUGUCAACAGUGACAUACUAGGGCGAAACAAAGACAGAUGGAAAAAUGGAUUAAGAGAUGCAGAAGAAGAUUUUCAUUCAUUUGAAGGAAGGAAAAGAAAAGUAAGGGCACUCUAUGAUCUCAACCAAGGCAUGUCAGUUGAUGUGAAACUGCUGGACUCUACUUUAAAAAUAGACCUGGCCAGGGAGGAACGUUCACUGAAAACUAUCAUGGAAAUGUUGAUCAGUGAAGAACCUGAAUCAGACAGUGACAGUAACACAUAUUUAAUCAAUAUUCAGAUGUUUGAAAAGAUUGUCGUGUUGUCAGAAAGCACACACUUCAAAGAAAUGUGGAGGGAGACCACCGAACACGUCAAGAUCACAGAGUUUGAAAAUGCCACAUUAAUUCCAUUGGACCAAGUACACCGCAGAAUUUUCAAACCCACGUUUGAAAAAUUUAGAAAAUCUUAUGAAGGACUGAAGGACCUCUCAAUAAGUCUGUGUGACCUGGAACGUAAACUUGGCAAAUUCAUUAAGAACAGUAUGCAAAAGGAACUGGAGACCAUGGCAGCUGUUUUCAGUGAAGAAACCAAGCCUACCUGGAUUCAUAAUACACAUAUGCACAUCGAACGCUACAGAGAACUUCAGUCUGUGGAGGAAAAUGCAAACGUGAUCAGUGUCCUGAAAGCUCACCUUGGACUUUGUGGAGACUUUGGAGGCAUUGAUGAUCUUGGGCACAUGGACCACAAGUGCUUGCGUGAUCUCACUGAAGAUGUGUUCAGAGUAGGAAACAUCGUGAAGAAUAUUCCCAAACAUGUAAUCUCCUUUCUGAAAGAAUUUGAUAAAUGUGUCAAAAGAGGAUUCAUCACCUGGAUUAAAGAGAUCAUAAAAGACACUGGAGAGCUAACUGCAUUUGUGGAGCUUGCAUCUAUUUCUGCGGGAGAGAAUGCCAUGGACAUUGGAAAAGUGUGCUGCUUCAGAGAUGCAAUAUCUGCCUGUACACCAUUGAUAUACCAGCUCACUGAGAAAUCUGGAAUUCAGGACCUCUUACGAGCUAUCUCUGAGAUAAAACCAGCUCUAGAAAGUGAUGAAAAGCUUGAAGAUAAACUGAGGGACUCCUGUAACAACAGUGAGUGGCUCAAGAUAGCCUAUGAGACACAUGGGUCUGUUGAGAGGUCAUCUUUGCGUCAGGCCACGGACAUAAAUGAAAGCGGUAUUUACACCAUCAAGAGACUGUCUGGAGCACAAUCAAAGGUUACUCUGGACAACUGCCUCACUUUAAGGUGCAAAGAAAGUUCGUUUGAAGGAAAAGAAGAAAAACACAAAACAUACAGCUUGGCUGAGCUUAAAGAAUUGCAAAACAAACUAAUGCUAAUUACAGCCAGUGCUGAAAACCGAGAGGAUGAAAUCACAACUUAUGUUGAGGUUUUAGAGCACAUAAUAAAUGUGGGGAAGUCCUUCCUUGAGCUCCGUGAAGCUGGACAUAUUCUGUUUCAGGACUGGGAGAUGUCAGCAUACUGCCAGCGGACACAUGAUGUGAAAAUCUGGGUGAAGUUUGAUAUUACAAAUGUGGAAAUCAAAGGACACAGACCACUGACUGAGGAGUUGAAAGGGCUUUGUGAAAGCAUGAGAGGUUGUCUGUCUGAGUGGUUAAAGUACACAGAGCAGAAAAGGAACACGUACUACAACUUGAAUCAUUUCACCGCAAAACAGCUGGUAUAUCUGUGUUGCUCUUUAGCAGCAUCUCAGAAAGAAGAGAAAAUCAGUGCCAGUCUCCUUAACAUGCUGUCCAUCAUGAAAGAAAACAUUGAAGAAACUGAUGUACGGAGUGCGCUCACUAAAGCACUCCAAACUCCACUUGAAAGCGGUGGAUCACAAGCAUCACUUGAGCUCAAGAAAUUCCUUAAAGAUUUUCCAGAUAUGAUUGAAUAUUUCCUUGAAACUGGCUUCACUGAGGAAGAGACCAAAGCAGCAAUAAUGUUUUGUGAAGAAGAAAAGCAAACAGGAGGAUUUGAAGACUCUGAGGUCAGUGAGGAGUAUCGAGAUGCUGUAAUGGACUGUAUUGACAGAUAUCAAAGCGAUGAAGAGUGGGUCCAAGAAUGGUGUGAAAAGUUUGAGAAAACAAAAGAAAAUAUCCUCAAAACUCAAAUGAAAUUCAAAGGUGGACAAGCAGCAGAUGAACAGUCAUUUACAAUGACAGAAGAAGAGAUUGCAGCAGUGUUUGAAAACCUGAAAAACUCUGAUGAGAAGAUUGUGAUGCUUUGGAAAACAUACCACAACAAACUUUCAGGACUUGUUUCGGACAAGUUUGUGGACUUGGAUGUGCUGGGGGAAAUGAUGAACCAUCUUGCUAAAUCUGCAAAAGUCACCGUGAAAAGAAAACUGCCAUUCUGCUUGGAGGGGGGUAAUCCUAACCUAAUCUCCUGUAAAGACUUUGAAAUACUUCCGCUUUGCCUUUCACUGUACAAUGAUCAUGAACAGCCUCUGCCAACCUAUGAUGAAAUUCUGAUCUGCACACCUGACACGACUGCAGAAGAGGUGGAACUGAUCAUCAGAAGAGCUGUGCAGCCUGGCAGCCCACAUGAGAAGAUCUACUCUUUACUGAAUGCCGACAAACUGAAUCACGAUGUGUCCAGAAAAUUUGAGUCCAUUUUCUACAAGUUAUCCAAAAAUCAAGGGGGCACAUGUUCAAGUGAUUACCGUUUAAUCAUUUUCUGUGACUCAAAGGCUCAUCACAGUUAUGUAGCCACUGCUUUUGACAUUUUUAAAAGAACGAUUGCUGAGAACCCAAACCGAAAUGAGGAAAUUAAGCAGUAUCUCAGAUACAAACAUCAAAUAUCUUCGGAAGCUGAGGCAGGAUUCACAAAAUUGCACAGCUCUGAGCAAUUUCAGUUGAGGACAAAAUUGGUUUUCUCAGAGCAUGCUGGCAUGGGAAAAUCACUGUAUGUAAAAAACCUCAUCAGAAUAUCUGAGGAGAACCUUAAAAGUGAAGGAUUUACUCACACAACCAUACGGAUAAGUGACUCACAGCUGAGGACUGAAGACAUUGUCAGGAAGCUGCAGCAGUACGAGGACAGACCCAUGGACAAAAUCCCAAGAAUCUUUCACUUUGACGUCCCCCCUGUGGUGACUAAAGGACUGUACACAUUCCUUCUCCAGUUGUUUGUUCUAAGAUGUUUCCAGAACCCAGAUGGUUUCAUUUGGAGGUGCAAUGACUCACAUAUUUACUUGGUGGAAUACACAAAAAGAAAGCACAGGGAAUGUGAUCGGCACAGCUCUGAGAUUUCAUCUCAAAUAGAAGAGGCAAUCUUGGAAAUGUUCCCAACCAUUAAAUGCCUAUCUCCUGAGGAAACUCAAAAACAUCUACAGCAGAAGGGACCUGACAAAGAGUAUCAGCUAAUGGAUGACUCCGAAUUUGGUAGCGAAGCUUUUCAACGCACAUAUCAAUACUUUAAAAGAUACAGAGAGGGCAAACUUGAGAGCUUCUCUUUCAAAUCUGCGUCUCGUGAAGAUUCACCAAAGGAAUGGUUGGAGUGUCUUUUACAAUUCUGUGACAUCAGAAAUCCAUCUUGGGGAGAGCUGAGAAAUUUCACACAUUUUCUGAGUAGCCAGUUAAAGAAGUGUGAACAAUCAGUUUUCUGUAGCGAUGCUUUAAAAGAUGAUCUGACAGGCUUCAAAAAAUUUGUGGUAAAAUUCAUGAUCACAAUGUCUAAAGACUUCUCUAUGCGGUCACUGAGAACAUCCGAUGACAGUGAUGAAAAGGAGACAGAUGCGACAGGAGGAGACACUGUUCUCAAAGAGUUUCAGAUCAGAAGACGCUGGGAAGAAGAGGCUCAUCCAUACAUCUUGUUCAAUGCUGAUCAUGACUCCAUGACAUUUUUAGGAUUCCACAUUCACAACCUGGACGCUAUUGAUGUUCGAACAAAUACCAUAGUGGAGAAAAAAAUAAUUGAUAGAACGCUUUUUGCCCAGUUAAGAGCACAAAAAGUGCCAUUUAACAUAAAUUUCGAGACACUGGAUCGGUUCGAGCAGCUUAAUAUUAUAAGCAGAGUCCUUGGAGUCAACAUUGUGGAAGACCCAGAUGAUACCUAUCAGCUGACACUAGAUAAUGUAAUGAAGAUGCUUGCCAUUCAUCUUCGAUUUGAGUCAGACAUUCCUGUGAUUAUCAUGGGUGAAACAGGAUGUGGAAAGACUCGGCUAGUGCAGUUCAUGUGUGAUCUGUUGAGAUCAGGGAAGCAAAGACAAAACCUGAUUGUGGUGCGAGUGCAUGGUGGAACAACAUCAGAGGUUAUUUACACUAAAGUGAGAGAGGCCAUCAAGAUCUCAAAAGACAAUGAAGUUCAUAAAAUGGACACAGUGCUGUUUUUUGAUGAAGCUAACACAACUGAAGCUGUGAAUGCAAUCAAAGAGGUGAUCUGUGACAAGUCUGUCAAUGGAGAACAAAUUGAUGCACCUUGCCUUAAGGUCAUUGCAGCAUGCAAUCCCUACAGGAAGCACACACAGGAGGCCAUAGAGCAACUGGAGCGAGCUGGAUUAGGGUACAGAGUCCGCUGUGAGAAUACACAGGAGAAACUUGGACAGAUACCAAUGAGGCAGUUAGUGUAUAGAGUUCAGCCUUUGCCUCCAAGUCUGACACCCCUUGUGUGGGACUUUGGAAAGUUAAAUGAGCACACUCAGGAACUCUACAUCAACCAGAUGGUCAAGACUUUCUUUCGCAAAGAAAAACUUCAUAAUGGACACCAGCCUUUGUUUACAAAGGUAAUCUCUGCCUCACAGAAGCAUAUGGCAGAGUUAACUGAUGAAUGCAGGAUGGUCAGUCUCAGAGACAUAGAACGCUGCAUGAAAACAGUCAUGUGGUUUUAUCAUCAGAAAGAAACAUUAUUUCCUGAAAUUGACAAAAUUAGAGGAAAGAAAGGAAAUGUGGAUAAUCUAGUUCGGUCCCUCAUUCUUGCAGUAGGAGUCUGUUACUUAGCAUCGCUGGAGAACCGAGACGCAUAUUUGAAAAGGGUUUCAAAAGCUUUCCCUUCAGACAUUGACAUUCGCGCAGAGAUUGAGUUUUGCAAAAAAACAUUCAUUUCAAAUGUUGACUGUCCCCCUUCAGUGGCAAAGAAUGAAGCUCUAAAGGAAAAUGUGUUCAUGAUGGUUGUUUGCAUGAAUUUACGAAUUCCUUUGUUCCUUGUUGGAAAACCUGGAAGCUCAAAGUCUUUGUCUAAGACAAUUGCUGCUCAUGCGAUGCAGGGUAAGGCAUCCCCAAAUGACCUAUUCAAAGGCUACAAGCAGGCACAGCUGGCCUCAUUUCAGUGCAGCCCACACUCUUCUCCUGAUGGCAUCAUCUCAAUAUUCCGACAGUGUGCACAGUUCCAAAAAGACAAAAAUCUGGAUGAAUAUGUCUCUGUUGUAGUUCUUGAUGAAAUUGGAUUAGCAGAAGACUCUCCAAAAAUGCCACUGAAAACACUGCAUCCUCUUUUGGAGUAUGGAUGUGUUGAUGAUGAAAAUCAAGAUGACUUCAAAAAAGUUGGAUUUAUUGGAAUUUCCAACUGGUCACUGGACCCAGCGAAAAUGAACCGUGGCAUCUUGGUUCUAAGAACAUCUCCAGUGACAGAAGAGUUGCAGAACACAGCCGGUGACAUUUGUUCAAGUGAUAAAGAAAACAUCAACACUGAAAUUAGGUUUUUGAUUCCCAUGCUUACUAAGUUUUACUUAAAAGUCCUUGAGGAACAGACCAGUGAAUUCUUUGGACUCAGGGAUUUCUACAGUCUUGUCAAGUUGAUUGUGUCCUAUGCUACAGAGACAAAUGGGAAGCCAUCGGAUGAAGAUCUAACAAGGGCUGUGCAACGGAACUUUGAAGGUUUGGAUUCUAUAAAUGUUCUGGAAAUAUUCUGGGAAGUUCUUACACAGAGAACAGAGAAAUGUGACACAAUCUCACUGCUGAAAGAAAACCUUGACAUGGGAACAUCAGGGUUUACCUCCAGGUAUCUUCUACUACCAACAGUCAAUCAUGCUGCUCUUCAGAUUUUGAAGUCUCAGAAGAUUAUUGAUGAAAGCAACACUGAAGUUAUCUUUGGAUCUGGAUUUCCACGUGAUGAAGAGUAUUCUCAGGUUUGCCGCACAGUAAACAGAGUGAAGACAUGCAUGGAGACAGGAAGGCCAGUUGUCCUACUAAAUAUUCAGAGCCUUUAUGAGAGUCUCUAUGAUGCUCUGAAUCAGUGUUAUGUCAAAUUAGGGGGGAGUUACUAUGUUGAUCUUGGGCUUGGAUCUCAUCGUGUCAAGUGCAGAGUAAAAGAUGAGUUUCGACUAAUUGUCAUUGAAGAGAAAAGCACAGUGUAUGAGCAGUUCCCUACACCACUGCUGAACCGACUGGAAAAACACUGCUUGGAGAUAAGCAGUGUCCUCCCAGAGCAUGCUAGACAGAUGCAAGCUGAACUAGAAUACUGGCUUGAGUCACUUGUGGUUGAUAUUUCAAAUGAAAUGUACCAGUCCAAAGAACAGUUGAGCAUAUCCAAGAAAAAAUUUGACACCAUUGUUGGAUACACAGAAGAUACAUGUGCAUCAGUCCUUUUACAGUGCUGCCCAGAAAUUGUGUCCCAGAAACUGGAUCAUGGCAAGAGAGAGGAAGUUCUUGAAAUGGCCAAGGAAAUGCUUCUUCAGUGUGCAACUCCAGAUGCAGUGUUAAGGGCAACAAAAUACACAGAGAACUCUGAAAAAAUUCUUGAGGUGUAUUUUGCAAAGCAGCCACAUAGCAACCUGAUAGAGAUGUUGAAAACAUACAGACAGACCAUACCUGGAGGAGUCUCUCUUGAGGUAUCCACAUAUUCUCGGCUUCUCAAUAAAAGAGAUGUGGAGCAAAUCAAUAAGGAACUUCACAUUGAUGAAGAUCACUCCUGUCUGUUCUUACUGGAUGAAUUUUACACAGAGCAGUCAUUUUCUCAAACAGUAAGUGAAUUUCUCUGUGAUGAUGUGAGGGGACGCAAACUCCUGUUACUGCAAACGUACUUUGAUGAUCCGAAAAAAAGUCAGAGACUUCUCUUCUGUGUGAGACACUGCAUUACUCAACUCAGAAGUUCCGUCAAUGCUGGAGUCACCUUUGAUGUUCUUCUUCUUGCAAGAUUGCCAAGGAUUUCAGGAGGAUGUGGAUAUAUCGCUUCAUUUGGCGAUUACUGGAUUUCGCUACACCUGGAUGAACUUAUCCCAGCUGCAGGAUUUCCUGGUGAUAUAUAUGAGCUACAGCGUUUGCAUGUCUCUGAGAUUCUGAAGAAAAGUUCUUCCUCUUGUAAAGAGAAUCAUGACCCAGACAGCUGUGGAACCACACUCACAGAACAAAAGCAGGAAAUCCUGGUUGACACACUGUUCCUGAUGAAGAAGUCUUUGCAGAAGGGAAUUUUGCAGCUACAUGACAAAGCAGAUAACACUCAAAGAGCAACAAAACGUAUUGAAAUUCUUCAUGGUUUGCUGCAUAACAAAUACCCCGUGUCUGACACUUUCAUAAAAUUGCUGGAGGGGAGAAUAAUCAGCCAUCUUUACACCCAAGAAAAAACUGGGAAAAGAGAGAACUGGGUUAUUACUCAGGCUUUGUCUGGCCAUUUUGUUGCUGAAGGUGGCUCCUUUAGACACAUGCUCUGGGUUUAUUUGGAAGACACUGUAGCCUCGGCCGUGGCCCAGAUUCUGGCAGUCAUUGAUGGUGACAACAACUUGGAUAACCUCAUUGAGCAGUCUUCUGAAAAGUCAGAUUUGUGGCUGAAGGUAUUCCAAGAGGAUCAGUGGAAUCUGCUGAAAAUCCCAGUUACUGAAUUUCAAGGCAAAGUGUCUGUCCUGUCAACAAGAAGACAAAAGGACAAGUCAAGGACCUGCUGUUUCCCAUUUAGCUGGGUGAUAAAAGAGAGAUUUGAGCAGAUUUGGUCAAAUGUCAUCAAUCUGAAUGGCCCAGCCAUUCGACCUAAUAAGGAAUAUUUGGAGAAAUUUGAAGAAUAUAUAAAGUGGACUUGGAUUAAAAGCAUUAAAAAAGACCAGGAGGUCUUUGCCAUGUUCGGUGAAGACCUUGUGAACAUCGCCAUGCCGGGUUAUCCACCUGAGCUUAAUAAGUCUUUUUCAGAUACACUCCUCAGACUUACACCACGUCUCUAUCAAGAUUUGACUGGAGAUGAGCCUGACAAUGUCUCUCUGCCCUGGCUCUAUGUCGCUAAUGAGUACAUGCAUGACAACCAUCAGCUUUUCUACAACUUAUUCCUCCAAAAUAAAGACUUGGUGUCUGCAGGGGAAGCAACUGAGGCUCUCCGACAGACAGUUCGAUGUCUUCAACCAAAGGACAGUCUAUUGAAAGACUUUGCCAGCUGCCAAGAGUGGUUACAGAGAGUGAAGUCAUUGUCCAUGACUGUGGACUUGAUCCUGUCAGAGGAUUCUUUGGUGACACGGCAUGCUGAAAAUGCAGCAGAGCUAACAGCAGAAAUCAGACUUGUAUGGCAAAGUACAUGGAUUGUCUACCUUCUCAUGGACCACCUCCUUCAAAACGAGUUAGAGAUGGAGAAAAAACUGCUGACCAUUCUUGUAAGAAACCUCACAUUUACAUGGAAGAAACUGAACACAGAAGAUGGAAAGCAGAUGGAAUACAUGGUAGAACAGGUCACAGGAACACUAAAUAAAUGUAGCAAGAAUGCCUGCAAUGUUUUCAGGGUCCUGUGUGGGUACUGUGAUAAAGAAUUCACAGAGGAUGACACGGCUGAACUACAAUGUGGACAUAUGUUCCAUAUAUCUUGUUUAAAGGACCACAAUGACACACAUUGCAGGAAAUGCAAAAAGGAGAUAAAUCAAGAUUACAAACCAUGUGGAGUUGUUGACAAGGAAACCUUCCUGAAAGUGAACAGAUUCAGAAGAAAAUGUAACUCAUUUUUUGUGGAAUUUAUGUGGAAUUUUGUCAGCAGCAAAGAGCAACUGACUGACAAAGUGGUGAACAUGCUCAUGGACUAUAUGAAAGGAAGCUCAUCGACUGAAGGCACAGUAGCCGAGCUGUCCUCACUGCAGCUCUAUAUGAACCUUGAUCCUGCCGUACAGUCCCUUGUGCUCAAGAUUCUACUGAAAUGCGGAAUGGAGGAAACUGCACCUCAGUUGCAGAGAUUCAUUGAAGAAUCUGUAAAAUGUAAUAAGAGAAAUGCUGAUGAGCUCUACUUCAUGGUGGUGCGCAGCAUUGAGGAUCACAUCCAUUCUUCAAAUCAAGGGUGUCUUGUCAAAAAGGCAGAGGAAUGUCUGGACACCUGUGUGUUCAUCAAGUCAGAUGACGCUAUGAUUUCUGAGGACCUUCACAUAAUUGCAAAAUUAAGAUUUGCCAUCUCAGUCGCCUCUGACACCAUCAGAACUGCAGUAUCUGAAGAGCUUGCAGUUGAUCCUAAAGGGAAUAAUCUUCUGCGAAGCUUGCAAGAGCUCAUAUCAAACACAGGGAAUCCAUGGAUACAGAUAUACCUGUUACGGAACCUGUGCAACAUGUAUGGAUUCAGCAUUAUCCAUCACCUUGCUCAGAGUGAAAGAUUUCAGUGGAUAAUAACAAGUGAAGUUUUUAAUGUACAGGACAUGUCUACUGGACAAGUGGAUCUGUUCCUCAUGUAUGGAGAAAUGUACGAGGGAAUUACUGGUGAUGCUGUAAGGGCACUUGAGGAGCCUUCAUAUGAUUUUGCUCAGACUUUGGAUGAGACCUCUGCGUAUUUCCCUAUUUGUAUGGCAUUAGCUGCAGUGAGGCAGGCCACAGUAAACACAUCCUCAAGAGAAAAUCAAGGCUCUCUGAUUGCAAAGAUGAAGACAAAGUCAAGAACAGAUGGUAGCUGGAGUGAGCUGGUUAAAAUCUGUGAAAACGUGCUUGGGGAUCAUCUAGCAGAGGUUGACCCUGGCCUGUCAAACACUGGUGAUCUGUCUCAGAUUAUUUUCCACACUGCACUUGUGGCUCAGCUGUCAACAGCACUAGAGAUGGAGCUGAUUAAGACUUUGUGCUUCAGCCCAGCAAAUGCCAAGGAUUGCUUUUUCCCAACUAUGCCAAGUUCCAUAAAUGAAAUAAAAGACUGGACUAAAGAUUUGAAGGAUAAAGUGAAAAUAUGGGUGUGCAGUUGUGGUGAGCCUGUUUUAAUUGGCAAUUGCGGGAGGCCUUAUGUAAAAGGGAAGUGUCUUAACUGUCAGAGUGAAGUUGGUGGAGAGCACCAUAAUCCAGUGGAUGGUUUUAAAUCCUUUGAAAAUGAAGAGGGCAGCGGGAAAGGUCACAACCUUGGUGACCCUAACAGUCAAAGGGAGCAGAAUGGUGAGAGGAAUCUUUAUGGGGCAAACCUCAGUCUGGUCCGAGCAAUCGUUCACUCAUCCAUGCUCUGGGGCACAAUCGAACAUGCUGAGGAGGUUCAAAAGCUUAUUCAAGCUCCACAUGAAGAUAUCAGGAGGUACCUCUGUGGCCAUCUUCAAAAGGACAUUGAACUGCUUGCAAAAGCUAUUGGAAAGAGCACUGAAGAUGCUGAAAUGACAGUCCAUCUGUUUUUGAAGUGCAUGUUGGAGGGUGACUCUGAACCAGACAGCAAUAUACAGAUGACAGACACUGAGGAAAAAAGAGAAAAAUGGGAGGAUGCUGUUUACAAAAGACUUAAGGUUUUCUUUCAGGAUUUUGAGGCAAAGUUGUCAAGUGUGCAGAACAACAUUCUGCAGUCAGGUGGCAUGGAUACUUUGGCACAGAUUAUCUACAGCAAAGAACCUCAGCUGAAAGAGCUCCCAACCACUGGAGUGUUCAGUCUUCCACUAAUGUGGAGGUUUGAACAGAGGAUGACCAUUCAGCACUUGACUCAGCUGAUUGAGCAGGAUGAUGAAAGGAAGAAUGUUCCUGUUCUCUCAGAACUCCUCAAAAAUCAUUUACACAUCCAGUACAUCAGAUACCUGCCUAAAGUCCUGCAACUUCAGCAGAAACUGAUGUGUAACUUUGAAAAUGUGGAUCCACAGUGUUACAAGGAUGUACCCAUUAAAACAUUCAUGAAGGAGAAUGUGGCAGAUGAUGAUGUUCAGGUCUUUACAGAAAAUGUUUCAGCUUUGAAGGAGAUAUGGAGGCAUUUGAAGAAAAUUAAUUACCCCAAACUACCCCAAGAACUGAAAGAGAAAGACGAGAAUGACUUAAUGAUUCUGGACUUCCUUCCAAUGGAAAAAUCUGUCGCUCGGACUGUGACAGACUACCUUGUGAGAAUGCAGAAUGACUUCAUAAACCUUGUCAACCCCAAAGCAGACAGGUUAAUCAAUGCGAAUGAAGUCAAACCCUCGCAUGUCAUCACCUGUGUUCCUGAACAAGAUUUCCUGACCAUUGCAAUUUCAAACAUUGAGCAUGUGGUAUAUGAGGAUGGCAAAAAAAGCACGAACUACAACUUCAAAAUUGUGGAAAGGCAGCUGGCUGACCGGUUCUUCAUGGAGAAACCCAUGAUCAAGCUCACUACACUUCCAUUAUUUGAAUUCAACACUGGAACAACACUUCGUGCUUUCUUUAGCACAGUGGAGUACAAGUUGGAGCCAUUGAACACCAAUGACAGGAACUGCAUCAUGAAUGACUUUAGAUUUUUGAACGAGAUCUCUGCAGCUCUUUCUACUCUGAAGAUUGCCAUCGGAUUUAUGAAGCUCUCAUUUCCUGACCCAGAGCUGUAUCUCAUGACGUACCUGAAAAAAGACCUGAAACUGGAGGACAGAACACACACUCUGAGCUUACCAGUGCUGAGAACCAGCAGAGUGAAGCACAUCCAGUCUCUGUGGGAGGUUUUGUCUUUGAGACAGUCAUCAUUACUCAUUGAGAUGAAUCAGAAUCCAUUCUUCAUGAUUGAGGAUCAGCAUUUUCAUGAAGGAUUCACAGAAGACCAGAAGGACGAAAAGAUGAGAAUUCUGGCAGGUCUCAGUAACAUCGAUGUCCUCAUCACUGAGCUCCACUAUGUGAUCAUGAACAUCAAGCUCAAGGAAGUUGGUCCAGCAUGGACAAUCAGUGAAACCUUUGAAGCCUUUUUGGACUUCAGUGAGAUUGAUGUAAAGGCUGUGGAGUGUCUGAAGGAACUUCAGGACUUGGAGAUGAGACAUGGCAUCGCUCUGUGGAAACUUGCAGUACAGAUAAAGAAGGGCAUCAAAGCCACUGAAUCCAAGUGAAGUUAAUCUGAAGAGCAUAAGUGUCUAUGAAUAGUGAUAACGUUCUAUUUUCUUUCAUGUACCUUUAAUCAGUCAGUUAAUAUAGUGCAUUGCAAUUACUAGCUUUUACUCUAAGCUUCAAUAUAAUCUAAACUUCUCUUACAGUUUUAGUUCCUGCAUGUAAUGAUUUUCACGUAUGAAUUCGAUUUAAUGAUUGUUAUUAGCAUGAUUUACCUUUGCCAUUAUAACAGCAACGCACAGGUUACGAUAAGUUUUGAUUUUAUGUUUUUUGAGUGGGGUCUGGAUCGUCAUCUAACAGCCGGACAAAACGCUACAAACUUGCUUGUGUUUACUGAUUAGAAGAAAAAGAACAAGGAGUAACAAGAAAUAUAACAUGAAUUACAAUCAUUGGUUAACAAAUGUAUCACUGCAUAUGUGACUUUACACGCAAGACCUUUAAUCAUGGUAGUAGGACUGGGCAAUAUGAUGACAUGCUGAUAUUGAUCAUUAUCGCAAUCAGCUGCAUCACAAUUUUAUUUUGAGCAUAGGAGGACAUCAUCAGUGCUUCCAUAACACUGGACAACCGCAUGAUUCAUUACACACAGCGCAUAAUAAUCCUGUUUAAUUUGGCAGCAUGUUAGACAAUUACUUGUCCUCAAAGUGUUUGGUAGUAUUUUCUACUACUGGUUCUUUUCUGUUCAUACAAACCUCAGAAGAACAGAUCGUAUGACGUUAUAUAUGGUGAAAAAUUCUUGAUCUAUGUUUGCUCUACUAGCAGUGUCUGUCUUACUUAGCGUGUUUGAAGCCGUUUGGGUCCUGUCAUUCUAUCUCUUUACUAUCUGCAUUUACUCGUUAAUCCUGAAGACUGAAGCACUCAAUUAGAAUACAGACUGGACUAAUUAGCAUCACAAACAGAAAUCUAAGCUCUUUUCUGCGGUUUAGAAGAGUCCUGCAUAAAACCUCCAAGUUAAAGUGAUGUAGAGCUUGAGGUGUAAAAACUCUGAUAACCGACAGGACAUCCCCAUUCUGAGCAAAGGAGGGGCACGUUGAAAUGUUCCACAAAUUACAAUUUUAUACUUCAUAUUAAUCCAGACAUAAUGUAAUUCAGCAGUGGGAUCGGAGGUUAAUCAGGCAAUUUAUCACAAGUUCCAAACAAGGGUUAAAGUUAUUUCAGAUUCAGGGAUUUAACUAAAGAUUUCUGUCAUUGAUUUGCUGUUUUUUCUGUGAUUUCACUGCAAAUAAAUUCCAAGUCAAAUACA